AUGAAAGUCUACUAUUUAUUAUGGAGCCUAGCUUUAGGAUUUAUUAUUUUACGUGUGAAAGCUCAAGGGGAGAGCACUACUGAUAACAACCAAAUAGCAUCGGACGACAUUACUAGUAUCAGUACUAUUGAGCUAUCUACCAUUGAAGUUACUACACAAGAACCUUUAGUCGCAAGUACAACAGUAUCCACGCAAAAUGCUGAAGCAAUCACGCCUGCACCUGUAUCUAUAGAUACACAGAGCACAACCACCAUCACAACAACAAGGACAACAACAACGACAACAACAACGACAACAACAACGACAACAACGACAACAACAACAACCACUAAAAGAAUACCCCCAUCAAAUCCUACGUGGAUUAUAAUUGGUAGUCUUGCUGGUGCCUUUGCAUUUAUUGCAUUAACUACUACUGGUGUUAGUUUAUACAUAUGUUACACGAAAUCCCGUAAACAUGCUAAAACUAGAACUCAAAAUAUCCAGUUACGUACUUCUAAUUAUUAA